AUGCGAUGGCCGCCCUGGUCUUCGGACGCCGGAAACGAAGAUAGCAACAAGAAGCAACAGAUCGCCUGGGCUGAUACUCUCAAUGCCACCAAUUGGUCUAACUAUGCCAACCCGGAAACGGUGGUCCCAACUGUCUUGUUGACGGCAACAAUCCUGUUGAGCGUUCGCGUCUACCGACUAUACCUACGGCGGAUCCCCGAUGCGACUCAUGUACAACCCGCAUUCUUCAGGAAGAGGAGUCUGUUCGGGACUGUGACGAGGGUCGGAGAUGGCGAUAACUUUCACCUGUUCCAUACACCUGGAGGUAGAUUGGCAGGUUGGGGCUGGCUGCGAAAAGUCCCGGAGAAGGCAGCUGAUUUGAGAAAACACACCAUUGCUGUUCGCAUUGCCGGCGUCGACGCGCCCGAGGCGGCUCAUUUCGGUAAAACAGCACAGCCAUAUUCCGGAGAAGCUCUUGCCUGGCUCAGGUCAUAUAUAUUGGGCCGGAGGGUACGAGUUCAUAUCUAUAAACGCGAUCAGUACGACCGUCUGGUAGCCACGGUCUAUGUCCGAAAUGGCCUCUUUAGACGCGACGUUGGACGAGAGAUGUUGAAAGCAGGACUCGCGACGGUAUAUGAGGCGAAAUCCGGCGCAGAGUUUGGAAAUAAGGAGGAUAAUUACAGGAGCAUUGAGGCUUGGGCGAAGUCCAAAAAGAAGGGCAUGUGGGCCGGGUCACAGAAGGAUUAUGAAAGCCCAAGAGAUUAUAAGACCAGAACAGGGGGAACCGAAGAACCAAAGGCCAAGCAAAAGAAACCUGUUGUUAAGAGCAUCUUGUCAAGCAUAUUUGGGUCCGGGAAAUGA